AUGGUGAAAAGUGGACUUACCGAACUCCCUAAUGAACUUUCUUUAUAUAUCAUCUCAUUCCUUUCGGCCAAGGAAGCUGCGAGGUUUCGAGCCACUUCCAGCACGUACCGUAAUUUGGUAACACUACUGCCUGAUCUGAGUUAUAAUGACAACAAUGACAUCAGAAGCUUUCAGGGUUUUGUGAAUGAAUUGCCGAGUGACAGUGAAGCUUACCAUGUGAGACAAGUUUAUGUGAAACUGACCAUUCGUGAUGAAGCUAUGUCUUCCCUCAUGAACCGGUUUGUGCGUGAUAUGCUAAAAAGAGGGGUCAUGAAUCUGGAGCUUAUAAAUUUGGAUGAUCAAUACCUCCCAUCAUUACCGGUUGAGAUUUUCAGCUCCACAACCAUCGAGACUAUGAAAUUCCGAGGGUUUUCGAUAGACAUCGUGCCUAGAACAGCUUCACUCCCGGCUCUAGAGAAACUUACAACUGACAGAGUCACCUUCAAUGGGAUGGCCUUAAGAAGAUUACUCUCCUCUUGCCCUCUGCUUGACACUUUGGUCAUCGAUGAAAAUCAAUGGAAGUGGCCUCUCAAUUAUUUGCAUAUAUCCUUUCCAGAUACUAAAUAUACAUUUGAAGAUAUAUUUGAUAUUAUCGAAGAUAUCGAGUAUAUGCACACAGGGUUAAAGGGAUAUACUGCACUGAAGAGAUCUGUGGUUGAUCAGAUAGACAUAACAGGCUGCGGACUCAGAGAUCUAGCAGUAGUAGAAGUCAUACUAGCUUCAUUCCCUUAUCUUGAGCAACUAAAUGUUGGAACGCGGACACAACUGGUUCCUACAAGGAGGGAUAUCAUGAAUAAAAUAGAGAAUCUUCCCAAAGCUUCGCAGACUUGCAACAUCACGCUGUUUCCAUGCAAACAUCCCUUUACCAUCAAAAAACAUUCGUCCGUGAAGCUUUAG